GUGAUUAAGCAUUCCAUUGUUAUCAAGUGCUAUCUGACUUUGACACUCGGUUAACAAACUAUGAUUUUGUGAUUUUAAAUUGCACUCGAGCUCCAGAAACUUUGACUUUAUUCAUCAGUCUGCUUUGCCACUUCAUCUCUGCAAUCCUUUCUUUGCUUCAAGUCAUAUCUGCACAGAAGCAUAACAUAUCAAUUUUGCAGCUGCUUUGUUCUUCAUAUCAACAAUGAAUUUGAAAUGAUUAUUCAGCAGCAAAUGUCGCUACGGACAACCUUUCAAGGGGAGGACGUCUAUGGACAAGGCAAGAUUCCUGACUCUCUUGCAGCAAUUUAAAUUGAUCAAGAUAUUUGCUUCGGCAGUGGUGACAUCGCAAUCUGGAAGACAAUUCCAAACUGCAGUUUGUCAUUGUACAAAUACAUGCAACUUUGGCUUUUCUGAAACCAAACAGGAGAUGCUGAUUUUGUACUUGUGAAAACAGUUUUACACCACUACCUGAAGGCCAGCAGUCCUUACAGAUAGAUUUAUCCAUCCUGAGAGUAACAUGGGUAGGAUCCUUCAGUUGUGACACCUUCCAGAUCACAAUCAUGCUGGCUGUUAAUACCACCAUGAAUGCCUCAAGGGUUUCCUCCUGUCUGGGGAUACUGCUCCUUACCAUGUCCCUGCUUCUGGCUGAGCGGCCUUUCAAGGAUGUUUCAGGAAGUCUCAGCUCUGAGUCGACCGAAGAAUGCAUCCUCAAGAACACAAGCCUUGGAACAAAAGCCAUCUGCACUCACCUACACCUCAAAUCUGUUCCUCAGGAUCUUCCACGGAACACAGUAAUGGUCGAUCUCUCCUUCAAUAAGAUAUCAACCUUGUUCAACGGCUCUUUUGCAUAUUACCCAAAUAUCACUUCCUUAGGACUUGAACACAAUGUUCUGUCGAAGAUAGAACAUGGUGCCUUUGAGUCUCUGAGUCACCUCAGGAAAUUAAGUCUACGAGACAACAUACUUGUUUCUCUUCCCCCAGGGUUGUUCCGUGAAAACCGUUUCCUCUCUAUACUCAUUCUCGGCAAAAACAGAUUGGUUUCUUUCCCACGCAGUGCACUUCCUUGGUCCACCAGCAUCACGACCCUUGAUGUAUCUCAGAAUAGAAUCGCUUUUCUUGAUGCCCUUGACUUUGAACCGCUACAGAACUGCUCACUAGAAAAACUAUACCUAAGAGGAAAUGCCUUACAGACUCUUCCUUUUAAGGUUUUCUCCUAUUUGAAGACAGUGAAUUGGUUGUUGCUGUCACACAACAAUUUUCAAAACUUUAUUCCCUCAGUGAUUAUAGGGAGAAGUGCUAUUACACAUCUAGAUUUAAAUGCUUGCAAGAUUGAAUAUAUAAUUUCAGGGAACAAAUCUCACAUUGCUCUAGAAGAUCAUGGUCAAAUAUCUAUGAUAAUCAUGAAAGGAAACAGAAUACGAUAUUUACCUGAUUAUGCGUUUUGGGGGUUCAAUCAGACAAAAAAAAUUUCACUUCAUAGAAACAGAGUUGCCAACUUAUCUAGUAAAUCAUUCUGUGGAUUGGACAACCUAAUUGAUUUGGAUUUGUCUUAUAAUUGCAUGACAACUCUGAGCUUUAAGACAUUCUCCUGCCUGCACAUGUUAUCCACACUUAAGCUGAAUAGUAAUCAGAUUGCAAGUCUGUUUAUUGAUUUAGUAUCAGGCUUAUUCUCACUCUCCCAACUCAACUUGGCACAUAAUAAUAUAGAAGAAAUUCCGAGGAGCAACGUGACAAUUCCUUCAGUAGAAUAUAUAGACCUGUCUUUUAACAAAUUCAAAACGAUCCGAAGGUUCUUAAUGUGGAGUUUCACAAAUCUUCAAAUUCUGAACAUGUCCAACAAUGGCAUCUCUCAGUCAUUCUCCCCAUACUCUUUUAUCAACUUGAGACACCUUCAAGAGCUGCAUCUCACUAACGAGAAUCAGCAACUCAUCAAUGGCGCUUUUCGCUACCUGGGACAUCUGCAAGUGUUGGAUUUGUCCUUUGCUCCGUUAAAGAUUACCACCCUGAGGCAAUUUACAAAUGCUUCAUCGCUCAAUAGGCUAAUCAUGCGAGACUGCAGCUUGAAAAGUGCAGAUAUACACCAUGCUAAGACAAAUAGGACCCUCUUUUGGGGAUUAAAUUCCCUGAUAGUUCUGGACCUGAGACAAAAUCAGUUUGAUAUGUUAGCACCAGGUACUUUCAACCCCAUGAAGAAACUCAGGAUUCUUUACCUGUCUCAGUGUACUAUAUCAGUUCUGAGCUGUGGUGUCUUUGAUAGCCUGACUGCCCUCACAACUCUGGACGUCCGGGACAAUGCGAUUAUGAAGGUACCCGAGUCCCUGCUUCAAAGGCAACACCACCUUGCCGUUCUGUUCUUAGGCAAUAAUAAACUUGAGACUAUUCCAAGAACAUUGUUCAAGGAAACCACCUCUUUGCACAGUCUUUUCAUCCAACAAAACAGAAUCACCACCAUAGAACCAAUGACGUCCUUCCCAACGAAUACGACACUGAGAAUAGAUGCUGCUGGAAACCCAUUCUCCUGUACUUGCCAACUGAGUUGGUUUGUGAAAUGGCUUCGUUCUGGCAACAUUGAACUCAGGCUUCCAAAGCAAACUCUCUGCUCACUAACAUCAAUCAAAGCAGAAGUGGAUUCACCCAUAUUAACAUUUAACCCAGACAAAUAUUGUGGAAUAAACUUUGUGAUGAUCACAAGUGUAUGCCUUUCAGGUCUUCUGGUAUUGGUGAUUGGCCUGGUGGCUUACCGGCAGCGAUGGUGGCUGAACUACAAGUUCUUUCUCCUGAAGCUAGCCAUCUUUGGCUACGAGGAAAUCAACCAUGAAUUUGAUGCACAGGACUACGAAUACCAGCUAAACAUUAUGUAUAACGAAGACGACCAGGAAUGGGUUGACGGCAUCUUGAAGCCAGUUCUGCGGGAAAGGUUUCCACAUCUCCAGAAGGUGGCCUUUGGGGACAAUGACCUCAACAUUGCGAUGUUCUACAUCAAUGCUCUUCACUAUGUUGUUGAUAACAGUUUCAAGACGGUCCUUUUGAUCAGUUAUAACUGUAUAAAUGACGCUUGGUUCUUGACCAAGUUGCGCAUCGCCCUGGAGCAAAUGAACGAUACCAAACUGGACAUGGUCAUCUUGAUUUUCCUUGAGGACAUCCGGGAUGCUGACCUUCCGUACCUAGUUCGGUUGUUCUUGAGUAAGAACAAACCUUACAUGCUCUGGACAGAUGAUGAGGAUGGUCAGGAACUCUUCUGGGCUCAGUUUGAGAAGAGCAUGAGAUCCAAUAGGGCCAUCAAUAGUGUUAUACCUGUUUAAUCUAUUUUAAAACUUAUAGGUGAUCAAUAAUUUUUCCACUUGUCCUAUCCAGGACCCUGUUGCAGAAGUUUUCUUCAAUGGUAUUAAACUUUGCCAUCAAAUUAAUAACUUUUCUGCAACAGGAACCAGGAAGUGCUACCCAGCAUUUCAUUUCAGGAUACUCUUUUUUCCCCCUCCUAUCAACCCUGAAUCCAUACUUUUUUGGAUACCCUUUUAUACUUUCCUUUUCACAUCAUCUUAAAAAAAAAAAGAGUUUAAAGUUUUCUUCAUGGUUAGCAGCUGUGAAUACUGAUUCUGUUUGUUGCUGCAUACACACUCUGUUGUACAAAAGUGUGUUCAGGGGUGUGAAUGGUCACAAAUAAAAAGAUCUGAAAAAAGCUAGAGUGUUGAAAAAAAACACUGAAACAGAAAGAGCUCCCACAGUUUUUGUACAGAAGAAAGCUAAAAGAAGUUGAAAUUAAGCUG